AUGUCCGCCGUUACGCCAGUCGGAAGAGAAGUCGGGUCGGGGGCAGCUGUCCUCCCGGAAAAGGUGGACGACAUCGAGAUCGCCCCGGAAAGUCCCUCUACAGAGUCGGACGCAAAGCUUGAGCGGACAGAGUCGAACAGCUCAAGAGUAUCUUUCCAGCAGUACAUCGACCUUGUGUUUCCGCGAGGAUGGAAGCUGGUUCUGCUUUGGACAUCGAUCGCGCUUAUCGCUGCAUUCGCGACAUCAUCUUUCGGCAAGCACACCGUCGUCGGACUCAUGGCUGUCAUCAACAACAUUAUGAGUGCUGUUGCGCUCCCUUUCCUGUCUAAGAUCUGUGACUUUGCAUCGCGCCCACUCGCGCUCUCGGUCGCAACGCUACUGUUCACGCUUGGAUACGUCGUUGUCGCCGCUGCUCCUACGGUCGUCGCCGUCGCCGCCGGGGAGGCCAUUUUUACCGCCGGUCGAACGGGCAUCUACCAGAUCAUGCACAUCCUGAUCUGCGACAUGACCCAGCUCCAGUGGCGUGGCAUCGUCUUGGGAUGCUACUCGCUUCCGUGGAUUAUGAACGGUUUCCUCGGAGCGAAGAUUACGAGUGCUAUCCGUGUCACCUCCUCGAUCGACGGAGAGACCUGGCGAUGGGGCUACGGCAUGUUCACAAUCAUCAUCCCGGUCGCCAUCGCGCCGUCGAUUCUGGUGAUGUUUUGGGGUCACCGCCGCGCCAAGAAACUCGGCGCUCUCUCUCUUGCCUCCUCGUCGUAUGCUCGACGACAGGCCCUCGAGGGCAUCGAGCCGCCUCCCAAGAAGGCAUGGUGGCGCCGCAUCCUCGAUCUCUGGAGCGAUCUCGACGGCUUUGGUCUCCUUCUCUUCGGGUUUGCCCUCGCCCUGCUUCUCUGCCCACCCACUCUCACCACCUUUGCCAAGGGCGGUUACGCCAACCCCUCGCUUAUCGCCAUGUACGUUGUCGGUGGAGUCCUCUUCAUCGCCUUCAUCAUCUGGGACACGAUCUUCGCCAAGUCGCCGAUUUGGGCCGCCCGCCUCAUGAACCGUACCUUCCUGCUUUGCACUGCGGUCGAUGCGUUCCACUUCUUCUCGACCGGCCUGCACGAGGCCUACUACAACUCGUGGGUGUACAUCAUCAAGCCGACGUGGAGCGAGUACAACUACUCGACCUUCUCCAACAUCCACAACAUGGGCAUGUGCUUCUUCGCUGUCUGCGCCGGUGUUCUCAUGCGCUUCACCCACCGUUACCGCUACAUCCAGAUGUCCGGUCUGAUCAUCCGCCUCGUCGGUGAGGGACUCAACUACUACUCGCUCUCCAACCAGAGUGACGUUGUUCUCGUCAUGGCCAAGCUCAUGAUCUCGUGCGGCGCCGGAUUCAUUAUUACCACCACUGCUGUUGCCGCGCCUGCCUCUGUGCCGCACAAGGACAUGGCCGGCGCCAUGUCAAUCCUGCACAUGGUUGCUCAGCUGGCCGGUUCCAUCGCUGGCAGUAUCAGCGCGAGCAUCUGGAACUCGAAUGUCCCGAAGAACCUGGAGAAGUAUCUUCCGGAGCUGAGCGACAGUGCGCGAGCAAAGGUGUUCGGCUCGGUCCGCCUUGCGCGCCGCCAGGAGCCGCACGACAUGGUCGUCCGCGCCUACACCGAGGCCUACCGGCCCAUGAUGAUCAUUGCGAUCUGCACGACGGGCGUCGCCCUCAUCCUCUCCCUGUUCAUCAAGGACAUGAACCUGGGCCGCGCGCACAACGACGUCGAGCGCCACAAGGAGGUGCGCAUGCGCACCAAGAGCGAGACGGACAGCGAGAUCCUCCGUGAAAAGGUCGAAGCAGCCGAGGCGCAGGCUAGGACCGAAGUCGAGGCGGAAGAGAAGCGGACAACUAUUCAGUAG